AGGUAAUGAAAGGAGGGCAGGAUGGCGUCAGCGUGCUGCUCUCACUGGCCGUGUCCGUGUGAUCAGCUCCUUCAGUCGGCACAUUUCAGAGAGGAAACGCAGCAUAAGCCGGAAGAACACGCAGACACCAUUUCCCUGCCGAAAAACAUGGACAUCGCACUUUUAAAAGAGCAAUACAACUCCAUCAGGGAGAAGCAGAAGAGGGAAACCAGGGUGAUCUGUUUUGUGAAAGCGUCAUCCACUAAUGAGGAGCUGUCUGGCAAAUCCCUGGUCAAUGUGGUUCCCAUGCGACAGGUCCAACACGCCCUUAGGAGGCAGGCAUCUGUCCAAGAACCUCGGUUUGACUUUGUCCGUGACCCAGACAAUGCCACGUGGCGCGCGCACCUAGGAAUGUACCGCAGGAUCUGCUCAAUUCCUGACACCAGUCAAUCUGAACCCAGUAACCACAAUACCAGCACUGGAGACUCAACAUCAACCUCUACAGAUAACACAGUGCACAGUGUGGAGGUCACAGAUUCAAGUGAUCAGUUAUCUGUGGACUGUGAAGGUUAUGAUGAUGGACAGCACUCCAGCAACAAAGUGCAGGAGGAUUGUGCAUCUGAGGGUUCCAGGAAGUUCUCUGCACCUGCAGUGUUGUCCAGACAGUUGAGCUGUGGAAGCUAUCGGUCCAGUCAUAGCCCUGUGAGUCCAUUCUACCCCUUCCCCCAGCUCAAAUGUCCCAGGAAGUCUGAGGCAGCACGCAAGCUUGGACUUUACUCUUCAUUCUGACAGCAUUGGUUUAAAUGAGAAAGAAAGGGGGGGGGGGGAAGACUGAGUUGUGCAAUAUUGCUUUCAUGCUUAUACCAGAAAUGCCUUCAUUUUACAAUGAUAAAUUUCCUGCAGCAAUAAAGUGGUAACAGCAAUGAAUUGUCUACUUGCAUUCAUCAAAAUGGCUGAAAGUAUCAAAUCAUCUAAACGUGUUUAAUUCCAGGUUUCAUGAGUAAUCUAGAUGCAACUUCUUUUAAUAUUCUGUAAUAAUGUGGUUUUUAAAGUGUAAAGCAUUUUGUACUCUUUAUUAUACACAUUCAUAUAACCCAGUCAUUCAGUAUUUGAAAAGGCUGCUUUGUUAGUGAUUGAUUUACUUUUCUCAGUCAUCUUGUCUUUCAAUCAUCAAGCAACUGCAGACUUGGUCAGUGUUUUCAUGCUUGUGUUUCUUAAUUAAACCCAAUAUGGAAUUGUAGACGAAGAAGAGCAUGGAAAUUUCAUACACUGGUAGUCAAAAUAUUGGUAACAUCUUCACCCCUGAGGGGUCUUGUUUUGAAUAAAAAGAGUUGUAUUUCUUG